UUGGCUUUCUACAGCAGUCAGAUAAGAACUAGCAGCAAUGCCUGUACAAGGAAUCAGAGCAGUCACCUCUGCUAGAAACGGCGUGGGCGCCUUCAUUUUGCAAUGCAAGCGUUUGGACUUUCACUACUGCGACUGGGCGGGUAGCUCCCGCGGGAUGGUUGCUUUCCUGAAACACCAGCUUCCUUCCUUCGCCAAAGCCAACCCUCAGAUUGAAAUCCGCGUAUCGCCACGGCCGAACAAGCAUCCGGUCGUCAAGGGUCACUACAUCAACGGACGAGAAAAGGCAAUUUGUGUCCGCAACCUCGAGCCCGAACAGAUCUUCCAGAAGGCGAAUUUGUUGAAGGAGGCCAGCGGCGAGAAGCUGAAGCGCACCAAGAAGCCCGUCACAAGUAUCAACGAGAGUGUCAGAGGUAUCUGGUCCCCAUACCACGGAGACUACAAAUCCGUGUAAAGUGGUGUCUUUGCGUUUAUUUGCGAUGGUGUUAUGUUCUGGACUGUGAAGCUGCCAGCUUGUCAUAUUCAUGCAGUGUAUUAUGGGCCUCUUGAUUUAUUCUGUUCUGGGAAACCGAUGCUUUUUAUGUAAAGAAUAUGUAGCAUAUGUAUGUACAAAAUGCAUUUGAUCUUAAAUACCA